AGAAAAGAAACGCAAGUUCGACGGACAAUAAGACGCAGACAAAGUGUGACGAUUCCGGCCAGGUCCGUGCCUUUAGUACUUCACGCCAGCUUGACAAGACACCGGGUUCAUUUGCGCGACUAACACAGACAAGACAAGACAGCAUGUCCGCUCCAGCAUCGUCCCCGAAGAAGGCCAAGAAGCCCGCGGCGCCCAAGGCCCCGGCAGCUCACCCGCCCACCACCGUCAUGGUUACGGCGGCCGUGGAAGCGCUCAAGGACCGCACCGGUUCUUCUCUGUCGGCUAUCAAAAAGUACAUCGCUGGCAACUACAAGUUUGACGUGGAGAAGAAAGCGCACUUCAUAAAGCGCGCCCUGAAAACCUUGGUGGAGAAGGGUACCCUCCUACAGGUUAAAGGGACCGGAGCGUCGGGGUCCUUCAAGAUCAACGUGGCUGCCAAGAAAGCCGCCGAGAAGGCGGCUAAGAAGGCCGUCAAGAAGCAAGUGGCUAAGAAACCCGUGGCUAAGAAGGCCGCAAAACCCAAGACAUCCAAACCAAAGAAGCCCAAGGCGAAGAAGGCUACCACCCCCAAGAAGACGACGACCAAGAAACCGACCGCGAGCAAGAAAACCAAGAAAUCUCCUGCCAAGAAACCUGCUGCCAAGAAACCCGUCAAAAAGACUCCGACAAAGAAGACCACCAAGAAGACCGCGCCCGCCAAGAAGGCCUCCAAGCCCAAGAAGAAGUGAAGAUCUGACCGUUGUUUUUCCUGCAAACCCCGGCCCUUUUCAGGGCCACACACAUCCUUACAAAAGAACUAUCUCAAUCACCUA